AUGCCUGUUGGUAUUCCAAAAGUUCCUUUUCAAGUUCCGGGAGAUAACGAUGCAAGCUGGUAUCUGGAUUAUCUCUUUUUGAUACUAUGCAAGCAGUGGAACCAGAUGUGCAUUACACUAGCCAUGGGAUUGACCGCUUCAAUCGCAGCUUUUCUCUUGGUCGGAGGAGAAAUUACCAAACGCAGAGCAUUCCCUCACGCUCGGGUAAUGAUCCAUCAACCUAUUAGUAUGCUUAAGGAUGAUGGCUUCAAAGACUGGGUCAUGGAAACAGACGAAGUAAUGAAAAUGCAAGAAGACAUCAUAGAGGCUUAUGUACAAAGAACGGGCCAGCCCCGAUGGGUUAUAAACAAAGACAUGGAAAGAGAUAAUUUUAUGUCAGCAAAAGAAGCCAAAGAUCAUGGAAUUGUGGAUCAUAUAGUGCGUACAGAAUCGAGACCUAUAGUGAAUGAAAAACCUAUAGUGAAUGAAAAACCUAUAGUGAAUGAAAAACCUAUAGUGAAUGAAAAACCUAUAGUGAAUAACAAACCUAUAGUGAAUGAAAAACCUAUAGUGAAUGAAAAACCUAUAGUGAAUGAAAAACCUAUAGUGAAUGAAAAACCUAUAGUGAAUAACAAACCUAUAGUGAAUAACAAACCUAUAGUGAAUAACAAACCUAUAGUGAAUAAAAAAUGGAGACUAGUUAACGACAAUGGCAAUGGAAGACCACCAUUUGACGACAAUGGCAAUGGAAGACCACCAUUUGACGACAAUGGCAAUGGAAGAGAAAAAGAAGUAAUUCAUAAUCAUCUGGUUAGGAUCGAUCUAAACCAGUCUAUUAUGUAUAUGAUUGUAUAUGAUUCAGCAUGCCAACUAUUAAACAACUUAUUAGAAAUGCAAGACAGCCAAUUAGAAAUGUCACGAAAGCCCCUGCUCUUCGGGGAUGUCCUCAGCGCCGAGGAAGAUGUACUAGGGUGUAUGUGCGACUUGUUCAGAUCAUGGGCUGAGAAAAAGGAAACAAUUUUUCAGUAUCAACGAUCAGUACCAGUGAAUAGAAUGGGGUUCUUCCGUUCACUAUCUAAAAAAGAUAGAUCUACCAUAUCCUUCUAUUGUGUAUGA